AUUUCCAUCCUCUCUUUCUUCUCACGUCGGUUGGCUGGAUCACGACAUCUACAUCAGGUCAUACACUCACCAUGUCACCGCCAUCACCAUCCGCCUCGUCGUCAUCGUCGUCGAGCGCAGCAGGACCACCCACUCCCUCACCCGAACCUCCCUCGGCCUUGAUCACCUCGCUCGCUCAAUUCGCUCGACAGCUCUCGGAAAAGGAACACUUGCUGGCGACCACGACAGGGGACGAUGAGCUCGCCAAGCAGGCUUUGGAGGUGACCAAGAGCAUAUUCGAUACCGGACUAUCCCUAGAAGCUCCCUCACAGUCACAUAUUCAGACCCUCAUAACCCAGCUUCUCGACCCCGCCUCCCUCCCUUCGACAUCGCCCUCGACCAGACCAACCACCCGUCAAUCUUCUUCCCGGCGCCGCUCAGGCCCCUCGGCUGCCCAACUCUACCCACUAACACCCUUGGGGGAACUGUAUACCCAAGGACUAGAUGAGGAGGGAGUUUGGAGGCAGAUGGAGAUGAAGGGAGACAAGAUCGGUGGGGUUCUCAAGGUCCUGGAGAUCAUACCCGCCGGUCGCCCCGGGGCUGAGGAGGACGAGGAUGAAAAGGCUGUCGUCGAGAAGGAUGAUGAGGAAGAGGCGGAGGAAGGAGACGAAGAGGAGCUGACAGAGGAGGAGAUGGCGCAAUGGCAAGCGCUCUUGGCGGAGAAACCCGAGAUGUUCAGCGAAUGGGAUAGCGACGACGAGGAGGGUCAGGAGGGUGAAGAAGAAGACGAGGAUGACGAUGAGGAAACGGAUGACGAUGAUGAUGAAGACGACGAGGAUGAGGAUGAUGACAUGGAGGACGACGAGAUGGACGUCGACCUGGAUGAAGAUGACGAGGAAGACGAGUUGGAGGAGGACGAAGAUGAGGACGAGUUGAUGGACGGUCUGGAAGAUGACGAAGAGGAUGACGAGGAAGACGAGGACGACGAGACCGACCUCGGUCCAUCCCGAUCGAAACCCAACCACCCCACGCUAGACGACCAGUUCUUCUCCAUCGACGCUUUCAACAGGUUUACCGAGGAAGCCGAGGCGACCUCGACUUCGUCUGGUUCGUUGGGAGGCAAGAAGAACAAGGGCAAAAAGGCACAGGGAGGCAAGAGGAAGGGGUUGUUGGGGGAAGAGGAUGACGAGGAGGACGACGAUGAUGACGAAGAGGAGGACGAUCUGGGGCUGGACAGUGAGGUUGGGGAUCUGUUCGGAGGCGAUAUCUUGGCAGAGGCGGGCGACGAUGGUGACAACAUGAUGUACUCGGACUUUUUCCCACCUCCCCGAGAAUGGACGAGGGAGAAGCCAGUCAAGGGCAAGGGCAAGGCGACUGGUGACAAGCCCAAGAAAAAAUCGAAGCCCGCUGUCGAAGCCGAAGUCGAGCUCGAGGCGGAUGGGCGGGAUACCAUGUCCCGGGUCCGAACCGAUCUCUUUGCCGACGAUGACGAAGAGGACGAGGACGUCCCUACGGCCCGACUGUCGACUCAUGAGAAACGUCUUCGUGCGCUGCAAGAACAAAUCUCGACUCUCGAACAGGAAAACGUCGGAAAGAAGGACUGGACACUGUUGGGAGAGGCCAAGUCGAAAGACCGACCGCAAAACAGUUUGUUGGAGGAAGAUCUGGAGUUUGAGCAGAUGGGCAAGGUGGUUCCGAUUGUCACCGAGGACAAGGUGGUGAAUAUGGAAGAGAUGAUUAAGCGAAGGAUCUUGGAUGACAACUUUGAUGACGUCGUCCGACGGAGAGAGCUCGAUGAUAAGGCGUUCAUCCCAUCCCGAUAUUUCGAGCUGGACAACGCGGAAUCGUCGAAAUCGCUCGCCCAGAUUUACGAGGACGACUACAAGAACGCCGCGGGUGGGAACAAGGUCGAGGAUGCUAGGGAUGCCAAGUUGAACAAGGAUCACGAGGAGAUUGAUCUGCUGUGGGGAGAGAUUUGUUACAAGUUGGACGCGCUGAGCAACUUGAACUUUACCCCCAAGCAGCCCAAGGCCGCCAUCACGACACUAUCAAACGUCGCCACGACCUCGAUGGAGAACGCGCUGCCCACCACACAAUCCACAUCGACCAUGUUGGCUCCGGAAGAGAUGUUCGCGCCGGCCUCCAAGAACGACCUGGUCGCUCGGUCCGAGCUCGACCCAUCGCAAAAGAAGCGAAUGCGACAAAAGGACAGGAAGACGAGGAUGAGGCAGAGACAGGCGUUAGACAGCGCUGUCGACAAGUUUGCCGGCAAGUCCGGUGGAGGAGGCAAGGCUCGGGGAGGCGUCAAGAGUCAGAAGGACCGCGCGCUCAAGGAGCUCGUCAAGACUGGCAAGGGAGUCACCGUCGUCGGGAAGGAUUCGGUCAAGAAGCCUCGAGGCAACGGUCAGCCCAGAGAAUCUGUCUCUCAGAGCUCGACGCUCAAGCUGUAGCGGUGGAUUCGACAUCGUAUAUGACAUAUCGCGUUUCUUCGGGGUGUAUGUAUUCUUUCGAUCGAUUGUACGAACAAUUUACG